GUUCGGGACGGAGUUCACUCAGACUGCCCAGAAUUUGUUGAUAACCCUAGACGGCAAGGAUGAGCUUCCCGAGGAUCUGACCGACAUAUUUGAGAACAUGGAGCGCAGCAGGUACUUUUGCAUCGUGCGCACCGAAUGCGUGAUCCAGCUGGUGAGAGCGGUCGCGGCGCCGCCGAUGAUCAGGGACCGCAAGAGCAAGCAGGACAUCGUGGACAGGUGCGAGAACCUCACCGAAGUCAUAGACGACGUCGCCAGCUGUGAUAUUGUGAAGGAGUUGGCAGGCGACGAGCAGAAGAAGUCGUUCACUCACUUCUGGUCCAGCGCCCUCAAGGUCGCCUCGGACCAGCAAGCGCUGAAGUCUUUCCUGGCGCAGGAGAUCUCCACUGCGAGGGCUGGAACCGCCGCGGACAUCGCCAAGUCCGUCGAAGAGGCGACGAAGGCAGCCGGCCAGGGCCAGGAUCCAGCUACCACCCAGCAGACCGUCCCCAAUGCGAUCGAUGAGCCCAAGGUGUUGAGCGAUGACGCCCUGUCGAAGUUUACUAACGUGGAGGCGCGCUUCACCGAGCACGGCGCCUUGUGGGGCGAGUUGAUGACGACGGCAGCGGCAGCGACAGGGUCCGAAGACCAUUCGACGACGAGUGCGAGUGCUAUCCCGGCGAAGCUUCGCUGCUCAAUCAUGGAGUGCCUGCUCUUCAAGCUGCAAAGUGUGAUGGCGGAGGCUGCCAUGCUCAAGCGCUUGGCGACGUCGGACGAUGGCCUAGACAACUGCUACUACAACCCGAGCUUGAAGACGCCGGGGCUCUGGGCGAAAGAGCAGAAGUUCACGAUUCUUAACUGCUGGGGCCCGCUCACCCUGGUACCGACGCUCGGGUGCUGGAAGGUUUGCACGUUCGACAACACCCCCAUCUACGUCCCUGCUGGGUUGGUUCGAACCAUCGGCAUCAACAAUGACACGGGGGAGCCUACCGAGCGGGCAACCAUGGAGCUCAAGUUCAAGGAACACACAGUCGAGUUCGUUUACGCCGAGAGCUUGAUCGCCAAAGAAGUGAAGCACAAUAUUAGUUUCAGCAUGCCGUACCUCCAACUGACUGGACCCGAGGCCACAGCACCAGGCACGAGCACGACUCCAACCACUGGCCCGUUCGAGCUGACGCGUCCCUGGGAUGAUGUGAAGGAGGUAUUCCUCCUCCCCGCUGGGUGCAAGAAGUACAAUGCCAAGACAGCGGAGCUCGCCAAGGCGUUCAAACCACACAAGAACGAGGGAAACGUGCUUGCAAAGGAGUGGAAGGAAGUCGCGUCGCACAUCAUUUGA